AUGCACGUUCUCUCACUUGGUGUUUUCGCCCUUCAGGCGGCUUCCGCUGUUCUCGGCAACCCACUCCCUCAGACCGAUGACGGGGCCGCUGCUGCUGCCGAGAAUGUCGAUCAGCUCGCGGCUCUCGCUCAGGCUGCCUACCAGAAGUCGGAAGAGAUAAUCCAAAGUGGAGAAAUCCAGAAGCGUGGAAGCUCCUGCUCUCUUGGAAACAUCAAAAUCCGCAAAGAGUGGGGUUCGUUACAAAGACAAGAAAAGCUCGACUACAUCAAGGCCGUGCAAUGCCUUCAGUCAAAGCCUGCCCUGACCCCUUCCGACAUUGUUCCUGGUGCAAAGACUCGGUUCGAUGACUUCGUUGCCACACACAUUAACCAGACUUUCACCAUCCACUACACCGGCACGUUUCUAUCCUGGCACAGACGUUUCACUUGGUUGUACGAGGAGGCGCUUAGAGAGGAAUGUGGCUACAAGGGCACUCAACCUUAUUGGGACUGGGCAAAGACCGCCGUAACUGGUGUCGAUAGCUCUCCCAUUUUCGACGGCACCGAGACAUCAAUGUCUGGCAAUGGGGAGUUCAUCGCUGAUCAGGAAGACAUCAUCCUUACCAACCCUGACGGUUCGGAAGCCGCUCGCCUUCCAACCGGAACUGGAGGUGGCUGCAUUACAUCCGGUCCUUUCAUGAAUAUGUCUGUAAACCUUGGCCCUUUGGCUCUCUCUCUUCCGGGCGGAGGCAGUGAAACAAACCCGGACGGAUUCUUUGCCUAUAACCCCCGCUGCCUGAAGCGCGACUUGACUACGGCUAUCAACCGAAGGUACUCGAACGCUUCCGCAAUCCUGCACAACAUCCUGGUUCCUCAGAACGUAGGCAAGUUCCAAGUUGAGAUGCAGGGAGAUCCCGAUUCGGGUACCAUGGGCAUGGGCAUCCACGGAGGUGGUCAUUUCACUCUUGGAGGUGACCCUGGAAGAGACUUUUUCGUAUCGCCCGGUGAUCCCGCUUUCUACUUGCAUCACGCGCAGAUUGAUCGCGUCUGGUGGAUGUGGCAGAUGCUGUCACCCAACGCUCGUCAGUUUGCUGAUGAUGCCGUCAUGGGAACCAACACAUUCUUGAACUCGCCUCCAAGUGCCAACACAACUCUUGACGAUGUUCUCGAGUACGGAUACGCUGCCGGUCCUCCUAUCAAAAUUCGAGACACGAUGAGCACUCUUGCUGGCCCGUACUGUUAUAUCUACUUGUGA